AUUAUGGCAGCAAUGCAUUUUAAUACGACAAUGAUAACAACAGAAGAUAUUCAUCAUCAUCAUCAUCAUCAUUCAUCUCGUCAUUCUAGGCAUUCAUAUGGUUUAGAAGAACCAGGUGCAUCACCAAGUUCAGAAGAAGCAAGAUCACCAAGUGGUGUUGAUAAUUCACCAGUUGGUUCAUCAAAUAUUGGUUUUAUCAAUAAUGAUAAUAGAAGAGAUUCUGAUACAGAUACUAGAGAUCAUUCUCGAUUACAUGGUUAUGAUGUUACACAAAAAAUAAAAUAUAUAAAUGAUGAUGAUGAAAAUAAUACUCAACGUGAUAAAAAAAUUCGUGAUGAUUCUUCAAAUGAUGAACGUUGUUGUUACAGUGAUAGUACUGGUAUUUGUGGUUCACCAGAAAGAAAUGAUAAUAAUCAUGAAUCAUCAUUAAUUAUUGGUACAAGACAACGUAAUAAUACAUCUAUUAAACCAACAUCAUUUUGUAUUGAUGCAUUGUUAGGUAAAGCAACUGAAAAAUCUAAAGAAAUAAAUAAAACAAUAAUCAAUGAUACAAACAAUGAAUUAUCUGAAUUAACUGAUAAUUCAAUUAAUCUUCCUCCACCUAUAUUACCACGUGUUAAUUCUCAUAAUAUAUCAACAUCUACAUUGGUUAAUAAUUCUUUAAAUUCUUCAACAACAUCAGCAGCAUAUGAUCAUAAUCAUAGUACAAGAAUGUUACAAGCAAUUAGAAUGUCAACUUAUGGUGGUAAUUAUGAUUUAUUUACACCAUCAACAAUUCAAAAAACAAAUUAUGAUAAUAGUGAAGAUAAUAAUACUGAAGAAGAUGGUGCAACAACUGAUGUUGAUGUUGAUAUCGAAGAAAUGCAAGAAAAUGAUGAUAGAGCAAGAGGUACAAGUAGUGCAAGUCCUGGUAGUAAUGGUAAUGGUAGUCAAAGUCCAACAUCAAGUCCACCAAUAUCACCUGGUUCAGAAGAUCAUCUUCCAUCAACAGCAAUUAAUAAUUCUUGUUUAUCAUCAACAUUAACACAUACAAAUCAUCGAUCAGCAUCUGAUAAUUUAUCAUGUGUUGGUCCUUAUGGUCUUGGUGGUAAUGUUGCCGUCGCAAUGCGACAAAAUCAACAAAAUUUAUUACUUCAUUCAGGUAAUCCAUUGAUACAUCCAUCUGGACUUUAUUAUCAUCCUGGUAGUGCAACGAGUGCCUUUCAUUCAAUUCACAAAGAUGCACAACAACUUGUACAAGGACAUUCAAGAAAUAAUACUGCUAUUAAUAAUCCAUCUACACAUUCACAACAGCAACAACAACAACAGCAACAGCAAGCACAUCAACAACAACAACAGCAGCAGCAGCAGCAACAACAACAAGCUCAUCAUAUUCAUCCACUUCAAUUAGAAUGGCUAGCAAGAACUGGAAUGCUUUAUCCAAGAUUACCAGCCGAUUUAGCCGGUUGUGCUGCACAACAUGCACUACUUGGAAAAACAAGAAGACCAAGAACAGCCUUUACAUCACAGCAGUUGUUAGAAUUGGAAAAACAAUUUCGUCAAAAUAAAUAUCUUAGCAGACCAAAAAGAUUUGAAGUUGCUACUUCUCUAAUGCUUACUGAGACACAGGUAAAAAUUUGGUUUCAAAAUCGUCGAAUGAAAUGGAAACGUAGCAAAAAAGCUCAACAAGAAGCACGUGCAAGUGGUAAAACUGAUAUGGAUUCAUCAUCAACACCAACACCAACACCACCAAUACCACUAACAACAGCAUCAUCAUCAACAUCAACAUCAAGUAACAAUGGACGUGGAAAUAAUAGCAUAAAUAUUGAUCGUGAUGAUACAAGUUGUGAAGAUUUACAAACGUCAUCCAAUCAUAAUGCCAAUAAUAAAACAACAACAGUAACAAGUGUCAAUAAUAUUGUUGGUACUAAUUCCAACAUGGGAUUAACAGAUGAAACGAGAAGAAUUGUUUCACAUGAAUCAACUCAUCCAAGACUUAUGAGUGAACUUCGUGAACCACUUUACAGGCCUUAUGUUGUUUGAAUAGAAUCAUUUUUUUCCUUCAUUAAUUAUAAUAAAUAUGUAAAUAUUAAAAACAACACGUAUAAAAUUAGAUAUUUAACUGA